GACUUUUGGGGGUGAGGAGGAGGAGCAGCACGAAUGAGGUGAUAUUUAAGCCACUGUCCCACUCUCUCCUCGUCCAUCUCUUCCUUGGCUCUCUCUCGCUCCAUCUUCACCUCGUCCAGCACUCAGGAGACCCUUUGCCAGUCGAGGUGAAGUUACUGUAUUUUCUUCGUAACCACAACCCAAACUGAUGUACAGUGACUUUGUGUGUCUGUGCACAGUCUCCACAGCAGCGCGGUAGCAGCAGAAGCGCCGAGAUGCCCGACACAAUCAUGUCCAAGGAACCCUCUUCCAACCUGGAAAGCGCCAUGCAGAUGCUCAUUAAAACUUUCCACAAGUACUCGGGCAAGGAGGGUGACAAGUACACGCUGAGCCGAGGCGAGCUCAAGGAGCUGCUGCUGGAAGAGCUGGGAAGCUACUUGGGGAACUCCAAAGACAAUGAGGCGGUGGAGAAGGUCAUGAACGACCUGGACGCCAACAACGACGGCGAGGUGGACUUCACUGAGUUCAUCAUCCUGAUGGGCGCGCUCACCGUGGCCUGCAACGACUUCUUCCUAGAAUUCAAGACGGACGACAAGCCCAAGGGCGGCCAGUUGGCGGAGUAGAAGG